CCUUACAGAGGCGUGUGGCGUCCCUAAUUACCUCCACAAGUACGAGCUAACUAAGUAAGCUUUCGCGGAGAUUUACGAGCAAGAGUACAGCGAGAAUUUACAUCCCGGAAAAGUAGACUCCAACCAUUCUUCAAGGCCUUCGAUUCGUAGAGGACGCUAGACGACGAGUGAGCGCGCGUACGCUACUACCUCCACGAAACGUUCUGCCUAACCCUUGAUUGAAUACUGAAGAGCCGCAGGUAUCCUCGAAACCACUAGCGUGUCUUUCGUCACACGCCUCCCGUUCAGUGCGCUGCUAUCGAUGUUGCUCUUUCAUCGAAGCCUCGUGCCACGCGCCGUCAACUCUGGACCUUUCACUUCCAGCGGUAGCGAGCAUAAUUCUUCCUUACUACGCAAUGCGCCUCGUCUUAUUUCUUCGUAGUAUUUCGUUGACUGAGUAAACGGCGAUCACUCGUUGCGUCCUCCGCACAGAGCUGACGCGCCGCCGCAAAACAGAGCAUCGCUAGGUGCUUACCCGACAGAGUCUACCUGCACAUUUGAUCUGCGCGCCAAGCCUCUUUCUACUAAUGGUGUCAUACUGUAUUCUAAGCCAUUUUUGAGUCGACUAAAAAAUCACCCACGGAGUUGGCGCGCUGCCGCAAAACAGAGCCUCGGUAGAUGGGCCUACGCGCACUAUGGCACAGAUGAACUGCGCGCCAAGCCUCUCGCUGCUACUAGUGGCGUUUUACUGUAUUGUAGGUCUCCUGGUGUCCGUUGCGGCAGGUGACGACCCGCAGAGCGGGACGGAUCGUGACUUACAGAACGGCAGGCGGAACGGUUUCGACCCUCGUUUCGAGCCGCGUUUCGACCCACAGAACGGAACGGGUGUCGUCCCGCAGCAUGGAACAGGUCGCGGCUCACAAGCCGACUGUACGUCGGACGUACAGAAUGGCACAACGCAGCAGCACCCGCCGCGGCGGCAGUGCGAUUGCCGAACGCACAAACAGGCUGCGAGUCCGUGCGAUUGCGGUUACAGGUCUCGCCAGCACGUCAGCUCUCGCAGCACUUCGUGCGGCGACAAUUGCUCAGUCGGCCGUCCAUGGCGGAAAGGGGAGGACCGCGCCCGCUAUCGGCGAAUCGGACAUCUGCAGCAAUUGCUUCAGUCGCGCCUCACACGGAGCCUCUUAGAAGAACGGUACUUUGCUAAGCGGCUCUUAGUGGACGUGCCGCAGAUGGAGCCGUUGGCUGAGAACCGCACUAGGCGAAUCGACCCGCUGCAGCAGUUCCAGUACUACGAAGGCGGGUGGGACCCCAGCAGCAAAUACUACUGGGCAGUAAGAGCGUACUUUCCCUCCCGCCCCUCCCUCUUCGUUUUCGUCAACUCAGAAGAGCAAAUCCCCGACAGCGGUGGGUCCCCAGCAGCAAGCACCACUGGGCGGUAAGGGCGUACCUCCCCUCUCGCCCUUUUCCUCGUCUCUUUUGAGUCGACGCAAAAGACGAGGGGGUGGGACCCCAGCAGCAAAUAUUACUGCCCGGUAAGGAGCCUCUCGGUGAGUCAACACUCUCCAUUGUGCUGUGCUGUGCUGUGCUGUGCUGUGCCGUGCGGUGCUGUGCGGUGCUCUUGUUAAUGUUGCGCAUUAUGUCUGUUGCAGUGGAACAUUUCUCAGGAUCAUCAGAGGCGUCAUCACAUGAAUUUGCAGGGCGUUAUUGAGAAUUGCCAAAAACACCCUGCGUACACGAGUGCCUGGUGCCUGGGCAGGCAUGUCGCUUGGUCGUUAAGCCCAUCGCCUCUGUAUACGAACACUGAAUUCAUCGCUAGUACCUGUUUGUAUUCUGUCCUGCUCCCCCUCCUUCUAUUUCUCUCCCUCCCUUCCUCCCUUGUUAACCCUUUUCUCAAUCC